AUGAACAACCGUCAGAAGAUUGCUGUCAUCGCCCUGCUCUACUGUCGGAGAAGACGCCGCCGAUCCUUUUGGGUUCAUUCCAUUCGCCGUUUGCGGGUAGACAACGGAGCUCAUCACCGGCUGGUUCAGGAGCUGCGACUGGAUGACGGCUUGUUCCAGCGGUACUUCAGGCUGAACCGGGCCGAGUUCGAUGACCUGCUGACCAGAGUGGGACCCCGGAUAGCGAGGCUAAACACCUCGUUCCGCGAGGCGAUCAGCCCAGCUGAACGCCUCGCUAUUUGUCUCCGAUACCUUGCCACGGGGGAUUCGUUCAUGACGAUCAGCUUCAGCUAUCGUGUGGGCUCAAGCACUGUGGCAGGUAUUGUUGGGGCUGUGUCCCAGACCAUUUGGGACUGCCUGGUGGAGGAGUACAUGCCUGUGCCAACCAAGCAGGACUGGAGGGACAUUUCUGAAGGCUUCCUUCAGAGGUGGAACUUCCCUAACUGCUUGGGUUCCAUUGAUGGCAAGCACGUUGUCAUCCAGGCUCCUUACAGCUCAGGGUCACUGUACCACAACUACAAGGGGACAUUCUCCAUCGUUCUUCUUGCGGUUGUGGACGCCGACUGCAUGUUCCGGGUCAUCGAUGUGGGGGGUUACGGUCGCAACAGUGACGGUGGGACCCUGGGCAACUCUGCGUUUGGUUUGGCCCUGAAGAAUGGAACCCUGGACCUCCCAGAGAACUCCAUCAUCCCUGGAGCAGAGCCACGUGGACCACUGCCACACGUCUUCGUAGGCGAUGAGGCCUUUCCUCUGCGGAGCAACCUCCUGCGCCCCUUCCCUGGGACGAACCUCUCCAGGGAGAAGAGGCUCUUCAACUACCGCCUCAGCCGUGCCAGGUUGACAGUAGAGUGUGCCUUUGGCAUACUCUCCAGCCAGUGGAGAAUGUAUCGGCGUGUCAUUGGUGUCAACCCAGCAAAGGCGGAGGCGUGUGUGAAGGCCACCUGCAUCCUCCACAACUACAUCCGGAGGUCCAGGAUAGGUGCCAGGGGAUCUCCUGCAGCCAGUCCUGUUCAGGAUUGGUCUGCUGCUCUUCAGGAGGGUCCACGAGUGGGCAGCAACAAUGCUGCGCGUGCAGCCAUUCGUGUGAGAGAUGCAUUCACUGCAUACUUCAAUGCAGAGGGUGCAGUGCCCUGGCAGCAAAAUGUCAUAUAG